AUGGCCACGUCCAUGAGAGGCUUGACACAGUACAUCUCGGACCUUCGAGCAUGUCGUGUCAGAGAGCUCGAGGAGAAACGUAUAAACAGAGAGAUGGCCCACAUCCGCCAAAAGUUCAAAGACGGCAAUCUUGAUGGAUACCAGAAGAAAAAGUACCUCGCCAAGGUGGUCUUUACGUAUAUCCUGGGGUACAAGGUCGAUGUUGGGCAUAUGGAGGCGAUCAACCUGAUCAGUUCGCAGAAAUAUAGCGAAAAGCAGAUUGGGUACCUCGCCUUGACGCUGUUGAUGCACGAAGGCUCCGACCUCGCACGACUAGUCAUCAACUCUCUCCGCAAAGACCUCGAAGACCAUAACGAAGUGUACAACUGCCUCGCGCUGCAUGCGAUCGCAACACUCGGAGGGAAGGAGAUGGCCGAGACGUUGGCGGAGAAUGUGUAUCGGUCCAUGAUCAGCGCGACUUCGAGCACUUUUGUAAAGAAGAAGGCUGCGUUGACACUAUUGAGGCUGUAUCGCAAACACCCGAGCGUGAUGCCUACGACCGAGUGGGCAGAGCGUAUCGUGUCGAUGCUCGGGGACAGAGAUCCUGGUGUGGUCCUGACGGUGACUGCUUUGGUGACUGCUAUGGCCCAAUCAGAGUUGGAGGCGUUCAGCGGGUGUUAUCAGAAGUCUGUGGAUAUGUUGGACAAGAUCGUCUUUGAAUCACAUUACCCGCCAGAGUACAUCUACUACAAGGUCCCCAACCCUUGGCUUCAAGUCAAGCUCCUCCGCCUUCUCCAAUACUACCCACCCUCCGACAACCCUCAAGUCACAGAUAUCGUCAAUGGCAUAAUCCAAGCAAUCAUCGACUCUUCACAAGAGACUCCCCGAAACGUCCAACACAACAAUGCGCAAAACGCCGUCCUCUUCGAAGCCAUCAACCUCGCCAUUCACAUAGAACCCUCCUCCCAAGUCGUCCACAACGCCUCCAUCCUCCUCGGCCGAUUCAUCCUCGCCAAAGAAACCAACGUCCGCUACCUCGGCCUCGACGCCAUGGCCCACUUGGCAGCUACGUCCAACUCUCUAGAAGCUGUCAAGAAACAUCAGAAUGUGAUCAUCCAGGGAUUGAAGGAUAGGGAUAUCUCGGUGAGGAGGAGGGCGCUGGAUUUGUUGUAUUCGAUGUGUGAUACGUCGAAUGCGAAGGUUGUUGUGGGAGAGUUGGUUAGGUAUUUGCAUGUGGCGGAUUAUAAUCUGAGAGAGGAUAUGGUGUUGAAGAUUGCCAUCUUGACCGAGAGGUUUGCUUCGGAGUAUGAAUGGUACGUCGACACCAUUCUGCAGCUCAUAUCCGCUGCUGGCGACCACGUCGGCGCCGAAGUUUGGUACCGUGUCGUCCAGCUCGUCGUAAACAACGAGGGAGUCCAAGACUACGCCGUACGGGCCGUCUACAAGCAUCUCCAAGCUACGGCAUGUCACGAGAAUAUGAUUCGCGUCGGAGGAUACAUUCUGGGAGAAUUUGGACAUUUGAUCGCGAAUGAUCCUGGGUGUAGUCCGGUGGAGCAGUUCCAAGCGUUGCACUCUAAAGUCAACUUGUGUACCGCGCCCACACGAGCUCUUCUUUUGACGACCUACGUCAAGUGGGUCAACCUUUUCCCGGAGAUCAAGGAACAUCUCAUCAACGUUUUUGAACGCUACACCCACGUUCUCGACGCCGAGCUCCAACAACGAGCCUGCGAAUACCUCGCCCUCGCCCGCCGAUCCGAAGACGACGACCUCCUCGCCACCAUCUGCGACGAAAUGCCCGUCUUUCCCGAACGCGAGUCUGCCCUCGUCAGCCGGCUCCACAGCCGCGGCGAAAAGGCGCAGGACAAGCGGACGUGGGUCAUCGGCGGGAGGGAAGAGAACAGUCAGAGAGAGUUGCAGAGGUUCAAGACGUUCAGGAAGGGCACUGGGGAUUCGGGGGGAGUGUUGGCGAAUGGGUCGCCGGUGGCGGCUGCUGCUGUUCCGGCGCCGGUGCAGGCGGCGACGCCUGAACCUCGUCAGCCGCCACCUCGAUCGUCUAGCGUUCAGACAGACACGCUCAUGGGCCCAUCAUCAGGCCCGACAGAGGACAUCAUGUCUUCCCUUGCCGACCUCGACCUGACGGGGAAUAACGUACAAGAUCAGCCGCUGUUGCCGGACGCGACGGGGUAUGCGUCGGAUUUGGCGACGUUGUCGAUAAAUCCGACGGGUAUGCCGCUGCAGCCUGAUGUGACUGGGGUCAAUGGGGGAAAGAUGGUGCAUAAUGCUACGCUUGGUGGGGUGAACCCGGCUUUGCUUGCGCCUUUGACGGUUGCUGAUGGCUUGGAGAAGUGGUUGGAGAGGCAGACUUACGCCAAUGAGGGUAUUCUCUUUGAAGACUCGACGCUUCAGAUCGGUGUCAAAGCCGAAUAUCACGGCCACCUCGGUCGUCUCGCCCUCUUCUUUGGAAACAAGGCCGGGUCCCCACUCACCUCAUUCCACGCCCUCAUCGACAACCCUUCCCCCUCUGCCCUCAACAUCCAUUUCCACGACACCCCCGUUGCCGAAGUCAAGGCCAAGGCGCAGAUCCAAGAGAUGAUACAUGUAGAGUGCAAGGACGUGUUUGCGAGGGAAGGAGGGACACCGUUGUUGAGAUUGAGCUACUUUGUAGGAGAGGAUAGGAAGAUUUUGGUAUUGAGGCUGCCGGUGUUUUUGAGCAAGUUUGUGGAAGGUGUGCAGCUUGAAUCAGCGCCGUUCUUUGAAAGAUGGAAGAUCAUUGGAGGCCCUCCUCGAGAAGCUCAGAAGAUCUUCCCUAUCAAAGUGUCAUCAACAGGUGCCGUCGACGCCGCCAGAAACGCCCGUAUUAUCAGCGGAAAUAGGCUGUCCGUCUUGGCCGAUAUUGAUCCCAAGCCCGAUAAUAUCGUUUUCGCCGGUGUUUUGCAUACUUCUGGGGCUGGUAAAGUCGGCAUUCUGGGUCGAGUUGAACCCAACAAGGACGCCAAGCUCUGUCGAUUGACAGUCCGCAGUACCAACGAGCUCGUUUCUGCCGAGAUACUGGCAUUAACGUCAAAGCCUCUGGACGUCGACGUAGCUGCGUCGCUCUAA